AUGGUACUACUCGGUGUUCAAAUAAAUUGUGAACUGACAAAUAUUACCAGUUUGACUCCGUCAGGUGAUGAUUUUCGCUGGUAUAUGAAGGCGAAAUGUGGAAGUUGUGGUGAAGUCACAAAUGAUUACGUCUACCUCUGCAGUCUGGAAAGAACUCCGUUGCAUGAUAGCCGUGGGGAUGCGAAUUUAGUUAUCCGAUGCAAGUUUUGUAGCCGGGUUUCAAAUGCGGACCUCGUUCCUGGUAGUAUAGCUUCAUAUCAAUGUGAAGAUUCUGGUCAAUUCAAGACUAUUGCAAAAUUCGAUUGUCGAGGUUUAGAAUUCAUUGAAUUCUCUCCUCGUGUUGGUUGGUCUGCUUCAGGGGUUAACUCGGAUACAGUUUUUAAUGAUAUUUCUCUUGGAGAUGAGAGCUGGUUUGAAUAUGAUGAAGAAGGCAAGUGCGAAGUCAGUAUAACGAAUAUUCAAACUAAAAUCAUCAAACUUAAACACUAA